AGUUUUGACCAAGUUUGGGUGCAGCUUGCCUGCGAAGCUCUUAGUAGCAUCAGCCUCUUCCUUCGCCUUUCAGGGGCUCCACGUAUAACACGGAGCAUCAGGAAGCACCGUCAUUCCCAACCUGCUCUCCAGGACACUCCAAAACACCCAAGCCUGCCAUCCACAGGGACAUGAAGACUUGGAUCCUUCUUGUUGGGGCAGGAAUAGCCCUGGGUUGCGUGUCUGGUGACCUGUACUCGGCCCCUGACUCCUGUGAGGGACGCUGCGAGGAACUCUACAGUGAGGAAGAUGAGUGCCACUGCAGCCCCGAGUGCGAGAGGUACCACAACUGCUGCGAGGAUUACUACAGGCACUGCCAACCCGGUGGAGAAUGGUUUGAGGAGACAGCUCGCACCCGUGACGGCUUCUCCAGCAGCCGAGAUGCCAUCACCGAUGAGGAGCUCCUCCACGUCUCAGAGCAGCUUUACAAGGCGGAUCACAACAAAGCCCGGCCAACCGACAUCAUCAUUAACCCCCAGUACCAGGCCUCCCCAGAUGAGACGGGUGACCAGGAGGACCGGUCCCCACAGCCGCUCUAUAAAUACGUCAACGAGGAGCUCUUCUCCAAACCCACCUACGCCAGCUUCAUUAAACUGCUGGACAACUACCAGAGGGUGACUGGCAGGGAGGAGGAUGUGACGGCAGAGGAGCUGAGGGAGCAGGACCACUUCCUCAAGGAGGUGAUGAAAACGGAGCUCAUGAAGAAACUCUUUGCUUUCCUCUACAAGAAAAAUCGCUACGGCUCCGAGCAGGAGUUCCUGGCCGAUUUGAAGGAGAUGUGGUUUGGCCUCUACUCCAGAAGUGCUGGUGAGCAGGACUCCAGCGGCUUCGAGCACGUCUUCUCAGGGGAGGUGAAAAAAGGGAAAGUGUCUGGAUUUCACAACUGGAUUCGCUUCUACCUCCUUGAGAAGCAGGGCAUAGUCAACUACUUCAGCCACAACUUCAACGGGCCGUGGGACACCUACCCCGACGUACUGGGGCUGCAGUUCAGCUGGGAUGGCUUCUACAAAGAGGUGGGUUCUGCCUUCAUCGGCUGCAGCCCCGAGUUUGAGUUUGGCCUGUACACGUUGUGCUUCAUCGCGCGUCCUGGGAGGGCAUGUCACCUGAGCCUGGGCGGCUACAGCCUCAGCAUCCAGACCUACACCUGGACCAAAUCCACGUACGGCAACGGCAAGAAGUACAUCGCCACCGCCUAUGUGAUCUCGCCCUGAGGCUGGGAGGAGGGGGGUGACCACAGCACUGGGCAGGACUGGUCCUGCUGUGGGAGGCAGACGGCACAGCUGCAGGACCAGCGCAGGGUUCCGGAGGGAGCUGGGCAGGACGUGGUGGCCUCGCUCUGCAUGGAGGCAGCGAAGGCAUGGAGACAGCGAGAGGAUGGAGACAGCAGUUUUGCCACCCUUCGAUCCCGUCGGAUGUCAUGUUCCCUGGUCACAACAGAAGAGCAGGGGGAAGGCAGCCACUUGCAGCUGAAGGUAAAACCCUCAAGUGAAAUAAAUCCUAAACCCUGACCCUGGAUGGAGA